AUGUGCAAAGGCCCUGGUGCCUUUGAACAAGAAAAAUGGGAUGUGCUCAGCAUGGCUGUACUGGACACAUGCCAUCCAGCACUGCAGCCAGUAGCAGGGGCGACAGGAUCAGUGGGAGGGGAGGCCCUGGCGGCAGAGCCCCCUGUGUGGUCAGCCAGCCUUGUGCACCCGCCUCCUAGCGCGCUCCUGCCAGGGCUCGGCCUCGGACCAGAGUCGUUAUGUUUCUCAGCCCUCAAAGCCGCCCCAGGGUCACCAGGCCGCGCUUCUGCUCGGGCUCCGGGAACGCUAGCGCGGCGGCCUCGUCCUGCGGGGCGCGCCCGCCGGGUCCACGCCCACCCCGGACCAGGCCCCCUCCCGCCGCUCCCCAGACCCUGCCCCGCUCCAGUCCCUCCAUUCCGCCUGGAGCCUCCAGCCCGCCAUCCCGACCGGCCCACGCCGGUCCCCGCCCCUCGCACCCCGGAGCCCUCAGCGCCCAACCCCGGCCCCGGCCCCUCCUCGCCGGCCCCGGCAGCCGUCUCCCCUCCCCGCUGGCCCGAGGUCAGCGACCCCGCGCGGCGCCUCAGGGUCUCCGGACAGCGGCGGCGGCUGCGGAGGCGGAGGCGGGGCUCCCGGCAUGCUGAGCCUAACGACUCCACGCGCAGUGAAUUGCCAACUCGCGGCUCAGCGCGCCGGGAGGCCGGCGAAUCGCUGCUCCCCGCCGGUCCUGCCGCUCCACUCUGCGGGUCGGGCAGCGCCGCGGUUCUCACCUCCCCUUCCUCGGCCGCAGCCUCCGUCUGCACCCGCGCAGAGCACCGCGCGCUCCCCGGCGAACUCCCGCCAACCGCCGGCCCCGCCCUCCCUCCCCGCGCUCGCGCCCCCGCCCGCAGCCCACCGCGCCGAGGGCGGGGCCCGACUUCCCCACGUCCCCACCUCACACAGAGGGAACCGCCACAGCCCGCGCCCAGACUGCGCGCACGCACCGAGGGCGCAGGGAGAAGGCCGGCCACCAUCCACCUCCGACCCCGGGGCCGCCGGGGCCGCCUGGGCCACCAGCAGCGCCUGCAGCUCUGCACAGGCUUCCAUUCAACCUCGCACUCGGAGACGACUGCGGGGCUUCACUCAGCUUCUCCCCUUCGGCAGAGCAGAAACAACACAGAGCCGGUUGCCCUGCGUGUGCUCAGUCACUGCAACCACCAGCAUGUCCACCUGCCUGCCCUCCUGCCAGAAAAACACCGCUGGAACUAG